AUGAAGGAAACUCUAGUAUUGUAUCCUGCUCCUGGCUUCCCCCACAUGGUCUCCUUGGUAGAACUGGGGAAGCAAAUCAUACAACACCACCCAGACUUCUCCAUAACAAUCCUAGUUGCAUCCACACCUUCAGAAACAUCCACCACUUCUUCCUACAUCGAUCUCAUCUCCAACACAAAUCUUUCCAUCUCCUUCUUCUCCCUCCCCUCAAUCCACCCUCCCGCACCACCACCACCACCCAACCAAGACCUCCAUGAAACCCAACAAAGAGCAGCCUUGGCAUUCCAGUCCAUCCGCCUCAACGUUCCUCCCGUCCUCGAUGCCCUCCGCACCAUAUCUCUCUCCUCUUCCGUCCUUGCUAUCGUAACCUCUUUGAACCCCUUCUCUGAUUACGACCUAAUUCACAUCCCAAUUUACUUCUACUUCACCUCUUGUGCCUCUGCUCUUAGUUUCCUUCUCCACUUGCCCACCAUCCACAACCAAACCUCCAAAAGCUUCAAGGAACUCAAUGAAACCCUCCUGGACAUUCCUGGGUUACCUCCCAUCAAAGCCUCACAGAUGCCUCAACCUAUGCUCCACAGGGAGGACCCCGGUUACCAUUACUUCCUUGAUCUUGGCUCUCGCCUACCCAAGUUGAAAGGGAUCAUAGUAAACACCUUUGAUUCACUUGAGCCGCAUGCAAUCAAAGCCAUUGCCGAUGGUGCUUGUUUCCCAAAAGACGUAGUUCUGGCGCCGCUACACUGUAUUGGGCCAUUGAUCACGGAUGCCAAAGAUCGAGCUGGGACCUCCUACGAUGCAUCAUCCGAAUGUUUGGCAUGGUUAGAUGGACAGUCGAUAAGAAGCGUUGUGUUCCUGUGCUUUGGUAGUAGAGGGAAAUUUUCUGAAGCACAACUUGAAAGGAUGGCUUAUGGGUUGGAGAUGAGCAAUCAGAGAUUCUUGUGGGUAGUCAAGAGUCCUGAUCAGGGUUCAAUUACUGAACCAGACUUGGAGGUCCUAUUGCCAAAAGGGUUUCUGGAAAGGAAGAAAGAAAGGGCUUUUGUGGUGAAGUCUUGGGCUCCACAGAAUGCGAUUCUGAGACACGAAUCGGUAGGUGCGUUCGUGACGCACUGUGGGUGGAACUCGGUGCUAGAAGCAGUGAGCUAUGGCGUGCCAAUGGUGGCGUGGCCAUUGUACGCCGAGCAGCAUUUGAAUGCUGUGGUUUUGGUGGAGGAAAUGAAGUUGGCAAUACCCAUUAAUACGGCGACAUAUAAUUCCAAGGAAGGAGAUAAAGAAGAAGUGUUAUUGGUGAGUGCAGAGGAGGUGGAAAAGAAGGUGAGACAAGUGAUGGAAUUGGAGGAAGGGAAAGUUCUAAGAGAGCGAAGUCUAGAUAUGAGAGUGAUGGCUACGGCGGCUUGGACCAAAGGUGGGUCGUCCUUCACUGCCUUUUCCAAGCUGGUGGCUUCCUGGAAGUAAGGUUGAUGUUGUAGUUGCAGUUGCUGUUACCCGUGGUGGCUUA